AUGGAUGAUUAUUGUAGAGCAACAACUACAACAGCAACAAUAGGAGCGGGAGGAAAUGUUGAUGGUAGUAAUAAUAUUUUUCCAUCUAGAACUGGAGAACUUUUAUUACGACCAUCUAGAUCGGGUGUAUAUUCUCUUAAAGAAGAUCUAAAUAAUGGUAGUAUUAUUGUUGGUGGUUGUGGUAGUAGCAAUAUUGGAAGUAUGGGAAGUGUUGGUGGCUUCUUUGGUAGUGGAGGAAUUGGAGGAAUGAAAGAGACUAAUAAGCAACCUUCAAUCAGAUAUAUACGUACAGCAUCAAUACCUUCAAUUAAGGUCGAAAAGUCAUUACCUCGAUUAAUUAUUCUUGAUCUUAAUGGAACUUUAAUUCAUCGAACCUGUUCAGAUAUUGGUAAAGCGAUAUUACGUCCAUACAUUAAGAAUUUUAUGGAUUAUUUAUUUUCCGGAGGGUAUUCUGUAAUGGUUUGGUCAUCGGCUCAACCUUUUAACGUUAAGAAAAUGGUUAAAGCGACAUUUGGUUCAAAUGAAGUUAAAUUAAUUGAUGUAUGGACGAGAGAUAAGUUUUCAUUAACUAAUCCUCAAUUACAACCUUAUAAUUCUAUUCAUUUAGCUGAAUUUGAAGGUACUCUUGCUUUUUCGGGAACCGAUAGUGAAUUAAGAGAUGUAAUUCCUUAUCUUGAAAUAUUGAAACAUCAAAAUAAUGUUAGUGCUUAUAUUAAAGAAUCUCCUUACCGAAGUAGUGAUUAUAAUAGUGAUAAUGAAAAUAAAGAUAAUUUUCCUAUUAUUUCUACUAUUCCUAUUUCUUCAUCCUCUUCUUUUGUUGUGAUGUUAUUACUUACACUUAAACCUUAA